AUCUAUCUUAAAAUGUACAAAUCACACACAAACACGUAAACAAGGAAACAGACAGUAAAACGAACAACUGGUUUUGUUUUUGUAUUUAGUUUUGGUUUUAGUGGAAUGUACUUAAACAUACCUGUGUUGGGCAGACUGGUUUUACUGCGGCAUUUUUUACAUUAAAACCUACGUACAAAAAAUUUGAGGAACAGGGAGGCGGAGCUACAGCAAAACGAAACAAAUCUAAUCUGAUAUACGGUUAUCCUUUCUAAUUAUUACACACUCUCCAUCACACACUCUCCAUCACACACUCUCCAACACUCUGCAAUACACAGUUUAUACUGUAACCCUGUGCAGAAUGAGGACCGUACUCGCUGUGGCCGCCCUGGUGGUCGUGGCCACUGCAGUCAGUGUCUCUCUGGAGGAUCUGGAGUUUAAGGCAUGGAAGCUGAAGUUUGGUAAGAGCUAUUCCACAGAGGAAGAAGAGUCUCAGAGGAAGAUGAUCUGGCUGACCAAUCGUAAACUGGUCCUGGAACACAACAUGCUGGCAGACCAGUGUCUCAAAAGCUUCAGACUCGGCAUGACCCACCUAGCAGACAUGGAUGACCAGGAGCAUAAGCAGAUGUUCAAAACCAGCCCUGAGUCCUUCAACAAGAACAAGACCCACCAGCCAGCUCCAAACCACCAUCAGAAAGAUGGUGUUGGUCUACCCAGUUUGGUAGACUGGGUUUCUGCAGGAUACGUUACACCGGUUAAAAACCAGAGCCAUUGUAGAUCCAGCUGGGCCUUCAGUGCAACGGGGGCGCUAGAGGGUCAGAUGUACAAGAAGACAAGGAAACUUGUACCCCUGAGUGAGCAGCAGCUGAUCGACUGCUCUUGGCUUCAGGGAAACGAAGGUUGCGGUGGUGGUUCAGUGGAAAUGGCCUUCCAGUACGUCAAUGCCAAUGGUGGUCUGCAGACUGGGGACUCCUAUACAUAUACAGCCAGGGAAGGGAUGUGCCUCUCUUACCCACCGUACAUUUCUGCUACCUGCCGUGGCUUUCAGAAACUGGACAGUGAAGACGAGUAUGAGCUGCAGCAAGCCGUGACUGCAGUCGGACCCAUCUCUGUGGUUAUAGAUGCCUCCAAAAGCAGUUUCCUGCUCUACCAGUCAGGUAUUUACAAUGAGCCGAACUGCAGCACGUACAAUCUGAAUCUGUCUGUCCUGGUUGUUGGUUACGGCACCGACAGCUCCGGACGCGAGUUCUGGCUGGUCAAGAACAGCUGGGGGACUCAGUGGGGUGAAAGAGGCUACAUCAGGAUGUCCAGGAACAAAGACAACCAGUGUGGUAUUGCCACACGAGCCAGCUUUCCUCUAAUUUAAAGAUGGAACAGAUACAGACUGCUGAAGAAUCUCAGGAGGAGGGCUCAGUCUGAUCACUGUUUACCUGUUUAACCUGAUCAUCUACAUUAAACAUCUUUAAUUCAGAAUAGAAACAUGUAUCUACCAGAGCUAAAACAGCUACUGUUAACAGAUUUUACCUAUUUUCCCACUAUAUAUUUUUUCAUUUACUGAUUUUCCAUGCUUGAUAAAUGGACGGUAUAAUCCUUAUAUUCAUAAUAUUGAUAUAUAUAUAAAAACUGCUACAAAUGAACUAAUAAAAAUCU